AUGGAUGGGGGAACCGUGGAUCUUUUUGAUUAUGCGGACUUGUUACACGAAGAAAUUCAUACCGGCACCCCCCAUUUACUUCGUGGUUCUGCAAUCAUUACCAUUAAUGAGGAAUUAAAAAAGUGGUUAACGAAGGAGGCAGAAAAAACAUCCCCCCAUCCGCAAGCAGAAGAAAAUGAGAUAGAAACGAAACGGUUAUCUACCGAGUUGGAAAAAAUCAAUCAGCAGUUAAUUAGUUGGGAGAAAGAGGAAAAAGAGUUAGUAGAAAGCGAGUUAAAUUCCGAGGAAGUAAAAUUAACGACACGCCAAGGAGAAAUUGAAACUUUUCAGAAAGAGGGAUUUUUAGUUAAUCAUUGGAAAGAAUUAGCCGAUAUCUCGUCCGGAGUUAAAAAUAACUUGGGAUUGCUAUGGGAUAAAUAUAAUCGCCAACGAUUAAGAAAAGAGAAGGGGCGGGCGGCGGCGAAGGAAGAAGAGGAUACCAUUACCCGUUUGGAAAAUGAAUUAAAGAGCAAGGAUGAGGAAAUAACUCGAUUGAAAACCGAACUAACCAGGAGUUUUAUCCCCCACCGAGCCGCCCCCUUGCCACCGGUGGCGGAGAGUUCGGAGGAAGCACCUAAACCAAUUGAGGAACUCCAAUUAAAAGUCUACAACUACCAACAAAUAAAUAACACUCUACAAAUCGCCAACAGGGAAUUGAGGGAAGUCGAGGAAAGUCUAGCCGAACAAGUAAUUAGGACGAGGGGCAAAAAUCCAUUGGAUGAAGAAUUGGGGGGUUAUUUUCCCCCUGUGUGGGCUGGUGCUACCCAACCGGUUAAGCAAGAUUUUAAGUAUUCCUAUUCCGCCAGUAAUGUAGUGGCUAAUCGCAAUUCAGUCACCGCUAGGGGGGGAAGCAAAACCCCGGUCCCUAUCUCCAUUCUUUCGGAUAUUUUUUUUUCCACUCCUGCUCCGCUGACUACUACGGGAAGUAUAGCAGACGAAAAUGAUGUUUAUGCGGAAACUUUUGCCUCGGCUAGUUCAGAGAAGAAAGUUAGCAAAAAGAGUUCCGCCGCUUCUUUGAAUAUGCCCCCCAUCGUUGAGUCAGACGAGUCCGAGCCAAAACACCCGGCAACCCAAACUGAGUCUGACCCCACCGUCGCUGGCCUAGAAAAUAAAAUCACUGACCUAAACAAAGAUUUGGAUGAAACUUUGAAAGAGGUGGAAAAAUUUAGGAAAGAAAACGAAGAGUUGCGGGCGGAAAAUACGAGAUUAAAAGGAAAAGGCUCAGUCUUUGCCACGGGAGGAAUUUCCGACUCUAUUUUCA